GCGGAUUGAGCUAAGCCCGGUGUGAGGUGAGGCUCCUCCGCUUGCUCAGCCUCACGUCCGUGUCUGCGUGCCUCUCUCGUUUUCACCGCUUCUCUUUCCCAACAUGUCGGCGCCGGCGGCCAAAGUCAGCCAGAAGGAGCUCAACUCCAACCACGACGGGACCGACGAGAUCUCAGACAAAGAGCAACAGGAAGCAAUUGAACAUAUUGAUGAAGUACAGAAUGAAAUAGACAGACUGAAUGAACAAGCCAGUGAGGAAAUUUUGAAAGUAGAACAGAAGUACAACAAACUCCGCCAACCAUUCUUUCAGAAGAGGUCAGAAUUGAUCGCCAAAAUUCCAAACUUUUGGGUAACAACAUUUGUCAACCACCCACAAGUAUCUGCACUUUUGGGAGAAGAAGAUGAGGAAGCUCUCCAUUAUUUGACCCGAGUUGAGGUGACGGAGUUCGAAGACAUCAAAUCAGGUUACAGAAUAGAUUUUUAUUUUGAUGAGAAUCCAUAUUUUGAAAACAAGAUGCUCUCUAAAGAGUUUCAUCUGAACGAGAGUGGGGACCCAUCAUCAAAAUCAAGUGAAAUCAAAUGGAAAUCUGGGAAGGAUCUGACAAAGCGUUCAAGUCAGACACAGAACAAGGCCAGCAGAAAGAGGCAGCAUGAAGAACCCGAGAGUUUCUUCACUUGGUUCACUGACCAUUCUGAUGCUGGUGCUGAUGAACUAGGAGAGGUCAUUAAAGAUGACAUCUGGCCAAACCCAUUACAGUACUACUUGGUUCCUGAUAUGGAUGAUGAAGAAGGUGAAGGAGAGGAAGAUGACGAUGAUGAGGAAGAAGGAGGCUUGGAGGACAUUGAUGAGGAAGGUGACGAAGAUGAGGGAGAUGAUGAUGAAGAUGAUGACGAGGGAGAAGGAGAGGAAGAUGAAGGAGAAGAUGACUGAACACUGACGGAUUCCAACCACACACCCCUUUCCAGUCCUAGGAGCAAGUUGCUAUUUCUCCCUGUCCCCUCCUUUUCAUUGCCUUGUUCUCCUGGGGUCUCCCCCCCCCUACUUCACUAUGGUUCACAAAUAAUUUUGGAGAAAAUAUAAAAUUUGAAGAAAUACCGUGAAAAUGUACCCUCUUCCCUUUUUUUUAUUCCACUGUUUUGAAGCAAAAACAAAAGAACUGUUAAUGGAAUCAACACACCGUGCUUUGUGGGGAAGAAAAGAAGCCGCCUGCUCCCUUCAUUCUGCUGGAAACAGAAGAAUGCUAGGCCCCUGUGUAGUAGUGCAUAGAAUCUAGCUUUUUCCUCCUUUGUCUGUAUAUUGGGCUCAAAUUACACUGUCUCUGUGAAUAUGGACAGUUAGCAUUUACCAACAUGUGUAUCUCUACUUUUUUUUCAUUUUUAAAAACAAGAGGAGGGAGUUAGACAAGGCAAGCAGGGUUGGGUUUCAGAUGUUAGGGUGGGUUAAAUGGGCAUUUUGACAAAACAAGGCUCGUUUGCGAGUUAAAAAAAUUAUCUAAUUUCAGUUGAGCCCUGCCACUUGAUGGAGAAUCAACAUAACCUAUAGGAUCUUACAUUGAAUUUACAUUCUGUUGUACUUUCGUUUUUUGUUUCACUGGGAAAAGGAAGGCUUAAAUGUUAAAAAAUGUACAAGUUGCUUUGUUACAAUAAAACUUAACGUGUACAC